AUGACCGACCCAAAUAAUCAAAACAAUUCAGAGAACUCCGAGUCGGGCGACUCUGACGCCGAGGUGAACAACUCCGCCACCUGGACGGCCAACACUCGCCCGAAGCCGAUCAUCCACAAGGACCCCCACCGCCGCCUAAGCCUCUACUCCAUGGGGACCAACGGGAAGAUUAACCAGAAGGCCAUCGGGCCCAUCAUCGAUGACUCCUUUGAGCCGAAGAUUCUGCGCAAGAACAACUCCAUCGUCCGCACCGAGUCGCGCGGCUCGCUGGUGAAGGAGAGCAAAGUGCUGGUCAUCUACACCGGCGGCACCAUUGGCAUGGUGAAGAACCACAAAGGAGUUUACGAGCCCUGUGCUAGCGCCUUUUGCCAGUCGCUGAAGAAGUACCCUCAGCUGCAUGAUCAAGAGUACUUUAAUCGCUACUUCAACACCCCUGAACACGCUGAUCUUCUCGUGCUGCCUGAAACUAACGAGAAGUCGCGCAUUCUCUACACCGUCUACGAGUACGAUCCCCUGCUGGACUCUUCGAACAUGACCAUCGACGACUGGGUGCUCAUUGCGCAGAACAUUAAGCGAGAGUACCACCGAUUCGAUGGCUUCGUCAUACUUCACGGCACUGACACCAUGGCCUACACCGCCUCGGCGCUCUCUUUCAUGUUGGAAAAUCUCGGAAAAACGGUUGUUAUCAGUGGCUCGCAAAUUCCGCUUUUUGAGGCGCGAAGUGACGGAAAAGAAAACCUACUGAACUCGCUGAUCAUUGCCGGCAACUACUGCAUUCCGGAGGUGACCAUUCUCUUCAACAACAAACUCUUCCGCGGCAAUCGAACCUCGAAGGUGAGCGCCUCUGCCCUGGACGCCUUUGACUCGCCCAACAUGUCGCCGCUAGUCAACAUUGGCAUCAAGAUCAACGUCGACUGGAGCAACGUCUUCAGGCCGUCGGCCAUUGCCAAGAUUCACGUCCACUCGAAGCUGAAUCGAAAUGUCACCCUGCUGAGGAUAUUCCCCAGCAUCAGCUGCGAGACGAUCCGCGCCUUCCUUCAGUCGCCCAUCGAGGGCGUGGUUCUGCAGACGUACGGCGCCGGCAACGCCCCCUCAAACCGUACCGACCUGUUAGCUGAGUUCCGCCAGGCGACGAAUCGCGGCGUGAUCAUCGUCAACAUCACCCAGUGCCCCAACGGCAAGGUCGACCCGGCCUACGAGACGGGCAACGCGCUCAUCGAGGCGGGCGUCAUUCCAGGCUCGGACAUGACGCCGGAGGCCUGUCUGGCGAAGCUCUCCUACAUCCUCAGCAAGGACGAGUGGAGCCUGGAGCAGAAGCGGGCGAUGGUGCGCAGCAACCUGCGCGGCGAGCUGAGCGUCAUUCGCGAGCGCGUCGAGGACAUCAGCCUGGUGCAGGCGAUCGCCACCACGCUGAAGGUGUCCACCGGACAGGAGCUGGACUCUCUGCGAAACGCCCUCUACCCGGCCAUUGUCUGCGCCAUCGCCGCCCGGGGCGACAUUGGCAGUCUGAUGGAGCUGAAGAAGAGCGGCAUCGACCUGUGCGCCUACGACUACGACCUCCGCACGCCGCUGCACAUUGCCGUCAACCACGGCCACAUUGAGGCGGUGCAGUACCUUCUCUCGGAGGGCUCGAACGUGCACGCCAAGGACAAAAAUGGCGACACGCCGCUGCACCUGGCCAUCAAGCAGCAGAACACGGAGAUUGCCGCAGUGCUCAUCAAGGCGGGCGCUCUGCUGGACAUGCCAAAGAGCAAAAUUGGCGAUCUGGUCAACAAUGCCGCCGCAANGCUGGACAUGCCAAAGAGCAAAAUUGGCGAUCUGGUCAACAA